AUGCUGCUGAGCCAGACACGCCGGCUGGGCGCCCGCAACUUCCUUUCCGGUCUGGUGGUGGGCUCUCUAGGUGGUGGACUCUGCUACUGGGCACUGACACCCUCACUCCACACUGAACAGUCCAAGCCAAGUGAACAGAGUGAACAAGAGCUGGGUGACAGCUCAGCAGCGGCGGCGCCGGACUCCAGCCAGCGCUGGUCCAAGAUCCUGCAGUAUGGCGAACCGCGCGCGGCUCGGCCUGUAGCCCGCUUCACCAACCACGUGGUGGGCUACGAUGCCGGCCGCAAGGUGCCCGUCUGGGUGAUCGAGCACAUCGACCGCGGCACACCAUCAAGGCGCCGCAGCCGGUUCCAGCCGGACCCGGAGACGGCGGCGCUGUUCUCGGUCAUGGACGCCGACUUUAAGCGCAGCGGCUGGAGCCGUGGCCACAUGGCGCCCGCCGGCAACAACAAAUACGACCAGGGAGUUCAGUAA